CCGCUGACCUUCAUUUUUUUGUUAUUUCUGCCCUUUGUCGCUCAUUCAGUAUCCUCGGAUACCAGUCACUCUUUACACCGAUCGACCUCGCGUUCAAUUCUUCAACAUGCAGUACUCAUUCGCAAAGGCCUGCCUUUUGGCACUCGCCACCACCACCAGCGUCCUCGCUCAAAUCCCCGGCUUCAAUGUCCUCACCGCACCAACCAGCCACGAGGUCAUCCCGGCCGGCUCGACCUUCACCAUCAGAUGGACUCCCAGCGACCCUCCCGCACCCAUCACCCUCCUCCUGAUGCAGGGCAAGGACGCCCAGAGCCUCGACAUCGCCGAGCAAGCCAUCGCCAGCUCCAUUGACAGCGCCGUCGGCCACUUCGACUGGACCGUCCCUGCCUCCGCCCCCUUCGCCGCCUACGGUAUCCUGCUCCAGCUCGACUCCAACCACGAUCAAUUCCAAUACUCCAACCCAUUCACCAUCUCCGGCGGCGAGGGCGGUUCCACCGCCGGCGCCGGCGAGGGCACCAUCAGCAUCUCCACUGCCGAGUCCACCGAAGGAAAGUCAACCACCACCAUCAAGGUCUCCCAGAUCUCCACCGCUGCCGAGCCCACCACCACCUCCUCCUCCACCAAGGCCUCGUCCACCUCUACCAAGGCAGCCCCAUCCACCACCUCCACCGAGGCGUCCACCACGACUGCUGAGUCUACCACCGAGGCCCCGAGCACCACUGAGGCCCCAUCCACCACCCUCGAGACCAGCAUCACCCCACCCACCUCCACCGAGGCGCCUACCACCCCGCCAUCCGCUACCCCCACCGGCGCUGCGCCCCGCAACGCCAUUGUCGGCAGCGGCCUCCUCGGCGCUAUGGUCAUGGUCUUCGCGCUCUUCUAAGCUGUGCUUAUGUAGAGAUGUGAGAGGGACGAUUAUUAGAGGGAUUGCGGGGUGAGGCGCUUGGCGCGCGGAGAAGAUGGGGGAUGCUAGAGCGAUAUAUUUUUACGGAAAAUUUUGUUAUGUGCUGGGGAGAUUGGGAUCUUAUCUUGUUAUAAAGUGUAACGUACGUGUGUACUUGCUUGCUUGCUUUCGGCGAGGGGUUCGUUCCCUGUUUUUAUCUAAUCCUGUGCUCUUGCUCUGUUUGUCUAUUUGUCUUGGAUGGUUUUGUGAGAUCUCUUCGAGUGGUGCGCGCGUGCGACGGAAUACUUAAAACGGUC